GAUCAAGAGUAGAGUAUAGGGGCCUACUUAGUAACUAUAUUUAUAGAUAGAUUCUAGAUCUAGAUUCUUGGCCUACUAAUAAUAGAUUAACUAUCUUAUUACUCUUAUGAAUUAGGUCUAGAUCUAAGUGUCAAAAGUCAUCAAAAGUGUUGGAUAAAGACAUCCAACUUUUACUCCAAGAUCAUGAAGAUGUGGUGUGAUAGCACCUGACCUUCUACUUCUAGAGUAGGCCUAUGGCUAUUCAGACUUCAGUGAAGUUGAACAGGUCUAGGACUCUAGGACUAGCAUGCUAGAUCUUAAGAAUUCAAUAAUUGUAAUGACACAGGUACUGGACCAAGUUCAAAAAGAUUAACAACCUUCAUUGUGAAUUGAGAUCUAAUUUCUUAUUCACUAUGUCUCACACACAAAAUUCACAAGUAUUUUACAACAGAAAUCUAAUUAAAUGUAUGCCGAAAGAUAACUCAUGCACAUCUGGUCAGCGUAAUGAGGAAUCCAUUAUAGUCGAAAAAGCAAAUAAUUCUACCAGCUAUAGCAAGAGUGAUGGUGAGGGAGAAAAAAAUAAAAAAAUAUUUUCUAGACGAAACCAGCAAAAUAGAGGUAGGGGCAGAGGAAGAGGUGGCUAUAUUACACCUUCAGAGACAAAGGAAAAUAUACAGGUUAAUGAGCCAAUUAAAGCAGAGUCCAAACGAGGCAGACGUGGUCAUAAUGGUAGAGGAAGAGAGAGAAAAUAUAACUAUAUGCAAAGAAAAUUUACACAAGCAGAAGGUGAUCUGAAUGAAAGAAAACAAAAUGAUAACAUUAAAUGCCUAGUAACUGAGAAAUAUGUGUCUAAAUUUGAUGAAUUAUCUUCACAAAAAGAUUAUUACUUUCAAGAACGAAGUGAAGAGUCAUCUCAGAAAAGGAAAACUAAUGAACCAUACAUCAAAAAUGUCAAGAAGAAUUAUGAAAAAAAUGGUGACAAUGACUCUAAAGAUCAAUACCGGUAUGUAAGAAGUCUUAACAAUGAUAAAAGUGAUUGGGUAGAAACAGACACAGCCAAAAAUAACAGAUACAAAAAGUACCAAUUGGGAAAUCAAAGAGGCGCUUUUACACAGAGUAUCAGGGACGCAGUAGAUGUAGAGAAAGCAGCUUGUGAUAAAAGGUCAUCAUCUCAAAAUAGAAGCAGGGGCUGUGGUAAUGAUAAACCAAAUUUUAGGGGAUGGGGCAGAAAAAGAAAGAAACAGGAACGAAGAGAGAAUGUUGAUGUUGAGGCAUUUACAAAGAAUACUAAUGAACCUAAUUAUAGUACACCUAGAGGAGGUACAUGCAGAGGUAGAGGAGGCUACAGAGGAAGGAGUCGAGGUAGAGGUUCUUUUGAGAUCAGUGGUAAAAUGAACAGGGUUAUUAAUAAUGCUACUCAACCAGAAAUAUCAUUAACACCAGAUGCAAUGAUAAAGAAUGGGCAUAACCAGGAGGAACAAAAGGAUAAUUUUGGCAUAGAGACAUUUACAAAUAACACUAAAGAUCCUAAUUAUCUUUCACCUAGAAGAGGUACAUACAGAGGUAGAAGGGGUUACAGAGGAAGGGGUCCAGGCAGGUUUUUUUGUGAGGUCAGUUGUAAAAUAAACAGUGUUACAAAUAAUACUACUCAACCAGAAAAAUCAUCAACAGCUAAUGAAAUGAUUAAAAAUGAAGAUACCAGGCUAAAUGUAAAUGUACUGCAGAUGGAAACUCCUACAAUAACUAAAAACCCAGGACAAUUACUCCAAAACAAAUCUCAAGGACACAGUAGUCAAAAUAUUCCUUCACAACCUACUCUGAAAUUAUCGUCGACAGUAGUUGAAAAGAAUACACAUUUAUUGAAUAGUAAUUCAGAAGGUAACGUAAAGCAAGCACUUUUUAAAGACAAGAUUUGUGCUAAUGCCAAUUCGGCUUCAAAAAGUUCAAUAAGUACAACCAAAGUAGCACCAAAACGGGAAAUAGAAAAUAUCCAAAGUAAGACAAGCCUGCCAAGAAUUCUGCAGAAUGUAACUAAAAUAAAAAAUUGCACUGCCACAGUUACUUCAUCAACUGCAGCAGGACCCAAUAAUACUCAAAUGAACCACAGUGUGGCAUCCAUACCCAGUCUAGCAGCGUUUAAAACAGUUAGUGUGCAAUCUCUAGAAUCAUCUACAAUUUCUAGCUUAGCAUCUCAACAAAAUAUGCCACCAACUGUUUCCAACAAAUCUCAAUUCAGCCUUAGCACCAACUCCGGUUUAGCACCAUGUCUAGCUACAGCAACAAAAGGUGCAAAUACUAAUUCCAGCCCUGUUUCAGCUGCAAGUGCCGGUAACUCAUUAAGAAAACAAUGGUCUACAAAUAGUCCUAUGAAAACUACAUCUCCACCAACAAGCAUACAUAGAACAGUUGUAAGUCAGGUUAGUACGAAGAAACUUUCCUUUCAGGUGACAGACUCUUGCAAGCUUGUGAUAAAAUCAUAUGGGAAUGUUACCAUAGAUGACAGUGAUGUCAUUGUGUCUUUCUUGGAUACAGGCUUGGAUUUGAAAAGCAAUGCAACAGGCCAAGCUAUUUUAAGAGUUAGUCCUAACCAUGAAGCAGAAAUAAAAGAAUGUUAUCGCACAGGAUCAAGUUCAUAUUUAGUUUCAAAAUACUAUCCAAGAUCUCUCAAUUGUUUGGCUAUUUGUCAUGCCCUCCACAAUGCAUGGAUGCCUGAUUUUUCAGAAAAGGUUUUUCACACUCAACUGAACCUCAUUUUUGAUGUAGUUAAAAAGGUUCAAGCAGAGACGAUAUCAUUUCCACCUCUUAGUUGUGACUAUCCAUUUUACUUCUCUGCAAAAACUGUUGUGCCAUCUUUUCUUUACUUUUUAUCUCAUUUGAACAUUGAAAAGUGCUUAUCAAAGAUUGUAGUUCAUGCAACAGUGUCUAAUGUAUUUCAAGAAUUUGAAUGUCUGGCUCCUUUUUAUUUGAAUAGGACUAAUGAGUCAAAGCUAUUGUUUUCGUUGCCUCUUCAACGAAAUACUUUGAGUUAUCUGAACAUUGCAUUAAAAAGUGACAAAAUAUUUCCUUCAUAUUGGAGCUUGAAUGGCGACAUGUCCGUUGAAAACAAAGAAACUGAAACAUCCAUUGAAAACAAAGAAACUGAAACAUCUUGGGGUAUGAGCUUGUUGAAAAAUAUUGUUUCAGCAGUGUCUAGUUGGUUUACUGGGGAGAGUGUUCCAGACUUCAACUUCAAAGAAGCCAAGCUUGUGGAUGUAAAUAAUGAAAUCAAGAUUGUUGUAACAAAUCUUGUAAAUCGUACACUGCAUCAGAAUGUGGUAGGCCAUGGAGCUGAUGCCAUUGGUGUGAGAUACUCCUCCUUUAAAAUUCUUGAUGUCAAGAGAAUUGAGAAUCCAACAUUAUUUGAACAAUAUCACACAGCUAGAAAAAGAGUAAUGGAGAAAAUGAUUAGAAAAGGACAUGUUUGUACAAGUAUUGGUACACUAGUGGGAUCAAAGGGAAAUGUUGUGACAUGGGACUCACUGCCUGACAGUCUAAAGAAAGAAUUAUACUCUGAGAUCAAUGAACACUAUUUAUUUCAUGGAACAAACACCAGUGCCGUUCACAGCAUUGUUGAACAUGGUUUUGACUUAAAGUAUUCCAAUGAAUGGUGUUUAUUUGGAAAAGGGAUAUAUUUUGCUGAAAAGGCUAUGAAAUCUGACCAGUAUACAGACAAACAUUUUCGACGUCCUAAUGGAACUAAGCUAACUAUGAUAAUGACAAGAAUUUUGCUAGGAAAUGCAUUUGUAUGUGAUGAAAGUCACAAAAAAGUAUCUAAUUUAGAUCCCAAAAAGAGAUUCAAGAAGCCACCAUGUAUGAGCUGUCAUGAUGAUCUGUGUUACUGCGGAAACAGAGACUAUUAUGACUCUGUGAUGGGAGAUGGAAAAUGGCUUUUUAGAGAGUUUGUAGUCUACGAUGCCAGCCAAUGUUAUCCUGAAUUCCUUAUAACUUAUGAAAGGGUUUAAGCUUUACCUUUUUAAACUGUCUUAUAAAAAAGGGUAAUAUCAGUGUCUGUAUGCAGUUUAAAGUUAGGUCCUCAAUUUCAUUCAACUUGAAAUCAAGUUCACCAGUUUCUAAAUUAUACUUGGAAAAAAAAUGUUGUAUGUAAUGUAUUCUGUGUUCAAAAAAGGUGUUCAAUAUGAUCUGCUAUAAGGGUGAAAUCCUUGCUUGUUGGGCCUUUAUUUCAUCUGAUGAAGACCCUGAAUUUUGUAUACUCUACUAACUCUAGUUUGCUCUCAGGGAUAUAGGAUGUUUCAAGUAAAUGAUGAUCAAAUAAGAGAAAAUAUAUAAAUCAAGAUGUAUUUGGCUUACCAAGAGUAGUAAGUACUUUGAAGUAAUUCUUAAAUCAAAAGUAUUGCCCAAAACCUUGGAUUAGACUAUAUAGCAUAUAUGGUAUCCUUUUAAGUUGUUCGGUUAAUAAUUCUUAUUUAUAGUUAGAUUAAAAAAAACAACAAAAAAAAUGUAAAUUUUAUUAAUAAGCCAUGACACAUAAACUUUUAAGCAAUAUUUUAGCUGACAUUUGGAUUAAUUAAUGGCUGCUUGUAAAAAAUUAAACUUUAUUAUUUAUAAUAAAAAAAACACAUUGAAAUGUAAAAUGUGUCUCUUGUGAAAAGAUGGAAGCUGUAAGCCAGCUAGGCAUGUCAAACUCAUUAAGGUGUAUGGGCCGCAUAAAAACUUAAUAUGACUUGAGGGGCCGCCGCCAAAAAUCAGUUGCAAAGCAUCCUACUAGUUUUUAUGUAAAUUAGAAACAAUACAAUAGAAUGCAAUAAUUAAUGGCUUACCUUUCCCUUAGUUAGCUAAAUUUAAAUUGUAGUACUAUUUGGUAACUAAAAAUUACUAUGAUUACGCCUUAUUUUCUUUGUCCUGAUGCUUGAGAUCUUUUCUGCGAUACAAGUUAUUAAUGUCAGGUUGAAGUUUGUUUGCCACUGACACAUUCAUCAAUGAUGACUAAUUUUGAUCAGAUAAUCUUGAACGGUGUGAUGUUUUUUUUAGCUUUCAUUAUGGAAAAGAACUGCUCACAGAGAUCAGUGCUGGCAAACAUAGAUAGAAUUCUGGCUGCAAAUUUCCGCAACUCAACGUACCGUUCAGGUAAAAAAAACUGUAAAAUUUUGGGACAGCCAAUUCUAUAUACUUAGCUUUCAACAAAGAAUCUGACUCAAUUCUAUAAACUUUAGUUGCACAUUACCAGCAGCAUUUUCAGAAGCAAAUGAAAAUGGAGAUACAAACAACGAAAAUUCUUGCUCGUAUGAAACAAAGUCACGAAAACGUUCAUUGAAAACAUCUACUAACGAUUCCAGGUGUAAGACAUGUUUACCAAAUGUUGUAGCCGUAUUUAAUCUUUUUAGUUCCUGAGACGUUGAAAAGUGAAGAUUUUCAUAAUUUUGCUUGAAAGCGCUUUACAUCAUCACACGCAGUUGUGACAGUUUUGUCUUUACUUUGAAGUUUCAAAUUCAAGACUUGCUAGUGACCAUUGAGACAACUGCAAAUGCCAAAUCCUGAACCCAAAUCUUGAACCCAUUCUUCAGUUUGGAAAUGUUCAACAGAUUCACCUGUCAUGUUCAGAAACAAUACAAUUUCUUAAUGCAGUGCAAAAAAUCUCUUCAAUACUUUAUGAAAGGAGAGCCAGCGGUGCUCUGUGUAGUAGGGAACACAAUCAAAUUUGUGUCCAAAGUCAUCCAGAAACAUUGAAAAUUGUCGAGGAUUUAAACCACGUGGACGAAUAAAAUUGAGAACGACUGAAACCGGUCUUAUGACAUGUUGGCACUGUAAUUGCUGUGCGCAGAAUGUUCCUUGGUGAAUGAUGCACUAAAAAUUAGCAAAUUUAAAAUUAGCAUCAGUCUCUCUUAUUUUUGCAAGUAGCUUUGCAUCAAAACCAUUUCAUUUCAUGGUUGGUGCACCAUCCGUUGUUAGACUAGCUAGCUUUACCAAAGAUAAAUUGUACUGCAAUAUCACCUGUUAUUUCUCAAAACCAUCCUCACUUGUGGUGUUAAGCAUAGAACAAAACUCAAGUAGCUCCUCAUGUAUCUCAAAAUUCCUGUCACAAGCCCUUAUGAAUAUUCACUAAAUGAUUUGCUAAGGCUUCCAAUUAAGUUUGACAGAAUGUAGCUGGCUUUCACUGCAGACCCAAAUCUCGUUGUUCAGUUUAACAAAUACUAUUUUUCAAUUCAAGUAACUUGUCAUCUUUUAUUUUCAUGCGUAAUAGUUCAACAUUUUGAUAAUUUUUGAGGUGGCCAAGUGGGCCGCAUGCAAAGUGGUCGCAGGCCGCAUGUGGCCCCAGAACGCCGUGUUUGACAUGCCUGCUGUAAGCCUUAAAAAUGCAUAUUUUGUGUGCUAUUGUUGAGUCUUAUUUAAAACAACAUAAACAAUGCAUUUAAGACAACAUAAAUCUGUUUAUUUACAUCUGUCAGGAAUAUGACUGAUUAUACAUAUUUAUUGUUAAUUCACUGCUACUUUGGGUUGUGUAUUUACAUAUGUUGAGCCAACUAUACAUGGCUUUCUGUAUGGUGUUUUAUUUUAUUGUUCCAUAUACUAGCUAUGUCUUUAAAUUUAUCAUUUACAUUUAUGUAUGCAUUGUAAUAUUAGUUGUAUGUUAAACUAUUCAUUUACAUGUAUAUUUUAGGCUAAUAUUCAAUUAUCUGCUUCAUUUAGUCAAAAAGAACAGUGAUAUUUUUUCCUAACAAUAAUUUCUCUAGAUCUAUAUGGGCCACAUUAAUUUUUUUUUAAAGUUUAAGCAAAUAUGUUACUCUAGGACCAAAUAUUAAUUAAAAAAAUGAUUUACUACCUUGCAAAAUUUUGAGUA